AUGAUUUCAGAGCCCUCUGUAACAGCCGUUCGCAGAUGGGAUGACGCCUUUGCCGCCAUUUCUCUCGUCCUGACCAUAGUACUCAUCGUCGCCGUCUGGAUCCGAACAGACACCCCCGAUGUCGGACCUCUCCACCAGCCAGCCCACACUCGCAUAAUUGCCUACUGGCUAGCCAACAUCAGCUUCACACUGACACUCUGGGCCGCCCGGUUGAGCAUGCUCACGGCUCUCAUACGGAUCAUUCCAGUCCAAUUCAGACUGCACCAGCUUGCGAAAUGGUCCGCCGGGCUCUUCGUCGCCUUCGUGAUCGCAUUAUUGGCGCAAAAAAUACCGAGAUGCAUACGUACCGCUCCGCAAUGGACGGUUUUGGCAAAACCGCAAUGCCACUUGGGGAUAGACGUGGGUAUCCUUGAGCUUUGCACGGACAUCGUCGGGGACAUUAUCCUCAUCAUUAUUCCACUGCGUCUGCUUUGGGGUCUCUCGGUCUCGCGCACGAGAUAUCGGCUGCUCAUGGCCAUUUUCUGCGCUAGCGUGUUCACGACGAUUGUAAGCGUCAUUCACGGCGUGUUCGUGCUGGGUCCGAGCGGAUUACUGGAGGCCAUCACAGCCAACGUUGAGGCCGCAGUCUCCGUCAUCGUGAGCAACCUCGCAUUGCUUGUCACCGCAAUCUACCGGCUCUUCGGCUUGAACAAAGCAGACGACGAGCUCUUCCUCACGGGCCAAUACCACCCGCGCACCAGCUCCGACGAAGGAGGCGCCAGCUCGCGCCGCAACCCCCGCGGCCGAUGGUACAGCACCAAUAGCAACGGCGACAACGCCCAUCGACUCAGACUCGGGCUCGGAUCGGGGCUCCAGUUCUGGAAGGGAGAUAGGAGUCAGAACGGGAGCAUAGAGACUAUUGGGGGUACGCGUCUGAAUUGGGGAGGGAGAGCGGGCGGAGGGGAUGAGUGGGGGUCGAGGAGGCCGCCGGCGGUGACUGUGACGGUGGAUAUGGAGGUGGAUACGGAUAGGCGGGAUACGGUGCUUCUGGGGCCGAUUCGACCGAGGAGAGAGAGGGUGGAUGUGGAGGAUGUGGACGAGGAGGAGGGUCAUGGGGACGAUGUGAAGCGUGGUACGGGUUUCGAUGCGAAGGAGAGGGUGGGGCACGAGGAGGAGGGGUGGACUCCUGUUACUGCGUUUGAAGGGACGAGGUUGAAGAAGGAUGAUGAAGCGCCUCCGUCGCCGUUGUCGGACGAUGGCAGGACGGACAGAUGA